AUCCUCCUGCCACCCCAGCGGGUUCUGCUCGCGUCCGUGCGAGAGCGAGACGUUGGUUCGUGUCCCGACGCUGUGCGGUACCGUCCAGGCGGCGAGUUGCAUCCUGGUUCCGUCGGCCUCGCGGGGCGUGCAGACUGUUCUGCGGACCCGCCCCCGCCGCCGCCAUGAACCGCGAGAGCUUCGCCGCGGGCGAGCGGCUGGUGUCGCCGGCUUACGUGCGGCAGGGUCGUGAGGCCCGCAGCUCGCAUGAGCACCUCAUACGGCUACUUCUGGAGAAGGGCAAGUGUCCAGAGGAUGGCUGGGACGAAAGUACACUUGAACUCUUUCUACAUGAACUUGCAAUCAUGGAUAGCAACAAUUUCUUGGGCAAUUGUGGUGUGGGAGAAAGGGAAGGCAGAGUGGCGUCUGCAUUAGUUGCCCGUCGCCAUUACAGGUUCAUUCAUGGAAUUGGACGAUCGGGUGAUAUUGCUGCUGUGCAACCAAAAGCUGCAGGUUCUAGCCUUUUGAACAAAAUUACCAAUUCUUUAGUCCUGGACGUCAUAAAGUUGGCUGGUGUCCAUACAGUGGCCAACUGCUUUGUAGUUCCAGUGGCAACUGGUAUGAGUCUAACCCUGUGUUUCUUAACAUUACGGCACAGGAGACCAAAGGCGAAGUAUAUUAUAUGGCCACGGAUAGACCAGAAGUCCUGCUUUAAGUCCAUGAUCACUGCAGGUUUUGAGCCCGUGGUGAUAGAGAACGUUUUAGAAGGUGAUGAACUACGUACAGACCUGAAAGCAGUGGAGGCUAAAGUCCAGGAACUCGGGCCUGAUCACAUUCUGUGUAUUCAUUCUACUACAUCCUGUUUUGCUCCAAGAGUGCCUGAUAGAUUAGAAGAGCUGGCUGUGAUUUGUGCUAAUUACGGCAUUCCACAUAUAGUCAACAAUGCAUAUGGAGUACAGUCUUCAAAAUGUAUGCACCUCAUUCAGCAGGGAGCUCGAGUUGGUAGAAUAGAUGCUUUUGUUCAGAGCUUGGACAAAAAUUUUAUGGUUCCAGUAGGUGGUGCUAUAAUUGCUGGUUUUAAUGAUUCCUUCAUCCAAGAAAUCAGCAAGAUGUAUCCAGGAAGAGCUUCAGCUUCACCUUCUUUAGACGUCCUUAUGACUUUAUUAUCACUUGGAUCAAAUGGCUAUAAGAAGCUAUUAAAAGAAAGAAAGGAAAUGUUUGCAUAUUUGUCCAGUGAACUAAAGAAGCUGUCAGAAGCCUACAGUGAAAGACUGUUGCAUACACCUCACAAUCCCCUAUCUUUAGCUGUGACACUUAAGACACUGGAUGAACACCGUGACAAAGCUGUCACUCAGCUUGGCUCAAUGCUUUUUACCAGACAAGUUUCUGGAGCCAGGGUUGUGCCUCUUGGAUCUGUGCAAACCGUGAGUGGCUACACCUUCAGAGGCUUUAUGUCACAUGCGAAUAAUUACCCUUGUGCGUAUCUCAAUGCUGCGGCAGCCAUUGGAAUGAAGAUGCAGGAUGUGGACUUGUUUAUCAAGAGACUUGACAAGUGUUUAAAGAUAGUAAGAAAAGAACAAAAUAAAGAGAGUGAUGUAUCUCGAGUUGACAAUUAUGACAAAACUGAAGAUGUGGAUAUCGGAGAACUGGCUUCAAAACUUGAUAAUGUACUUUUUGACACAUACCAGGAUGCCUCUUCAUGAAAUGAGAAGUAUUUCUCUUUGAUAAUUUGAAAGAAAUGAUGCAGCUGCAGUACAAGCAAGCAGUUUAAAGACUUGAGAUUUUUGAAUUGAAAAUUCAAGGGGAAUAUUUAAAGAAUAGAUCGGUGCGAGCUAGCCACUGGUGAUUAUUACGUUUUUAAUUCUUAGACUGCUUCAGUCCUUAUGGCACUUAACAGAUUAAAAUAGACAGCAUUUUUCUAAUUUUUAGAAUAUUUGUCAAUUAAGCACUGUGAUUCAGGUAAUUCUUGCUGAAAUAAUGACAGUAAAAUUACCUCUUAACUCCCUUUGAAAUGUGAAGACUGCGUUCUCUUAACCGUUUUCCAUCCUUCACGAAUUACUUGUUUCUGAUCACAUGGAAUUUAGAAAGACUUCUAAUGCUACUAAUUGCCAGAUGUUUGUUGAGGUGUACAAGUCAACAGGAUGCCUGUGAAGUCGACAUGCCCCAAGAAGGCUGAGUCAAGGUGUCAGCUUUAAUUUUCACUCUAAAGCAAUGAUUCUUAACUGGAAGUGAUUUUGCUUGUAUCCAAGCAAUGUCUGGGACAUUUUUGGUUGUCACAAAUACUGCUGUGGUGGUUAAGAGCUACAGCGGCUAACCAGGAGGUCGGCAGUUCGAAUCAAACAGGUGCUCUUUGGAAACUGUAUGGGGCAGUUCUACUCUGUCCUAUAGGGUCGCUAUGAGUUGGAAUUGACGGUAACAGGUUUGGUUUUGGCUUUUUUUUAAAUUGGCAUCUAGAGGGUAGAGGCCAGGGGUGCUGCUAAAUAUCUCACAGUGCACAGGACCACAAGACAGCCUCUCACGACAAAGAAUUAUCCAGCCCCAAAUGUCAGUUUUUCAUUGUCGAGCUUUCACAUGCAUGUAGACACUGAAAAAGGAAGACCAAAUAAGAGUUGACACAUUUGAAUUGUGGUGUUCGCGAAGAAUAUUGAAUAUACCAUGGACUGCCAGAAGAACGAACUAAUCUGUUUUGGAAAAAGUACAGCCAGCGUGUUCCUUAGAAGUGAGGAUGGUGAGACUUUUUCUCACGUACUUUGGACAUGUUAUUAGGAGGGACCGGUCCCUGGAGAAGGACAUCAUGCUUAGUAAAAUACAGGUCAGCGAAAAAGAGGAAGACCCUCAACAAAAUGGAUGACACAGUGGCUGCAGCAGUGGGCUCAAACAUAGCAACGAUCGUGAGGAUGGCGCAGGGCCAGGCACUGUUUUGUUCUGCUCUACAUAGGGUCAUUAUAGUCAGAACUGACUUGAUGGCCCCUAACAGCAACAAACGUUAGUAGUUCUGAACUUGAGAAGCACUGCUGUAAAGUAAAUGAUCUCAAAGAGAAAUUUUCUGUAGCAAUUUAGUAGUACUUCAAGGAAGGCAGCUUCAUAAAUGUUACCAGACUAUACUGCAUUUAGAAUCUUAACAGAUAACCGGGGUCACCGGUUCUAAACAUGAAAUUAUAAAUUUCUUUAUAUAGCACUUGUGCAUUUUUUUUAUCUGGGCAAGUGAGAACUUUAUUCCACUUACUGUCUUUGCUUUAAGCAGCCUUUUUAUGUUAGUUUGUUCAGGUCUCAUGCACAGUCAUCAUCAAGAUUGGUUUAACCUGAGUAUUUUCUAAUUUAAUUUUGCUAGGGAGGUAAAAAUGAUGUAGUGUUAUAAACAGGUGUAUUUCCGCCAACCCCCACGCCCAUCUUCUGGGUCUGAAAUUCCAGACUUAAAAAUUAGCUGUAGUUAUUUUUGUUGUUAAUUUUAAGCACUAGACUGGUAUGUCAUAUCCUAAGGAGUUAGUGCAGGUUCUGAAUAUAUCACAGCACCCGCAUCAGUUUCACAGUACCUGCUCUGUGGAGAAUUAUUCCCGAAAGAUGCUCUUGGGGCAAAGAAGGUUCUAGAGACAAAAAAUUUUGGGAAAAACCUUUGCAAACAUGCCUAUUGGCAUAUUAAAGGCUCUAAGAAUUCUUUCAGUAAAGAAACCAGUUCGAAUGCAUCCUUACCCAAAGAUAGAGCCCGUUUUAAAAUUCAAUACCUCCUAACAUCCCAUCGAACACACUUGAGAGCGCUGUGGUGGAGAGCACUGUGGUGGAGAGCACUGUGGUGGAGAGCACUGUGGUGGAGAGCACUGUGGUGGAGAGCACUGUGGUGGAGAGCACUGUGGUGGAGAGCACUGUGGUGGAGAGCACUGUGGUGGAGAGCACUGUGGUGGAGAGCACUGUGGUGGAGAGCACUGUGGUGGAGAGCACUGUGCAGAUUCCUGGGUUGUAAUUUUCUGUAUUGAUUUGGCAGUGUUAGCUGUGGACGAGAAAGGGGUUUUCUGGUGUUUUGGUGACAACUGUACUGUCUCCCAGCUGGUUUGUAAGCUGCACUGAGACACACACCACUCCCAUUAAUGUGUAAGUUAGAGUACUUCGGACUGGACAUCCUGGAAGUCAAGACCAUGUUGGGAUAAAGUACUUAAUUAUAAAUAUUGUAAAGGUUUUUUUUCUUUCCCAAAUUUAUUAUAUUUUUGAGGUUUAAACCUUCUAAAUUUUUUGUUGUUGUUUUUAAGGUACAGUAACUCAUUUCAAAGGCGUAAAUCUUGGAUUAAAAAGUUGUGCCAUGUUUUUUAUGUGAAUUUGCGACCGAAUUGAAGACCCAGUAAAGCUGAAGAGUUAAAACAGAGCCUCUGGAGCCCGAGAAAGGGAAUGAAGUGAUGUUGCAAACGUAGAUGCUGGCAGUGCAGCUUACUCUCCACAGAGGCCAAAAGUCUUUUAUAGCGUAAGUGGUCUGUAUUGUGUGCUCAUCAUUUAGCUUAAGAAAGGCCAGAGCCGGGAGACUAGCAAAUGUUUCUCAUCUGCAGAGUAUCAGCAGUUCUUGGGCUUCAGCUGCUGAGUAAAUAAUAAUGCUAAUUGAAGAUAAAUUACAUGCACCCACAUGCGAAUGAUAGAUAUGUUGUAACAUUUUGUUCCUGAUGCCUAGAUCAGCUGCCGCCUUUAUUCUUAACCCUUUUUCAGGGCUUUUGGAGUUCCAGCUCUUUUUCUGCUGACUUAAAAUUUGACCUCGAGGUCACAGCAUCCACAAGGAACCCUUUGAAGGGAUGUUGUAGGCUCUGCACACUCAGGCAUUCCUCUGCCCCCUCUCUAGGCUUUUCUUGCCCUCUCUCACAUUUCACCAUGUAAGAAUAAAGAAGUAUGUGCAUAAAAUUAUUUAUUUAAAAUUGCUAGUCCUGAUUGCUAAGCCUCGUAGCUGGCCUUAGCUAAUCUUUGCACUGUGGCAGAGGGACAAUGGAUGAUACAUUUUCCAGUCAUUGAUUCAAGAUGAACUUUUCUGUCUUCAUAAUCCAACAGCCAUUAUUAAGGCUAUGAGGUAGAAUUUAGAAUUUUUUUUUUCUUUUAAGUCAUUGAGCUGUAGUAGUUUACCUAGGGAAAAAAAAAAAGGAAUAACAAAAUUGUCUUUCGGUUACUGCACAUUGUGUUACAUGCAUAGCUGUGAAACCAAAACAAGCAAACCUGCUGCCGUCAAGUCGCUUCCGAUUCAUGGUGACCCUGUAAGACAGAGUAGAACUGCCUCAUAGAGUUUCCAAGGAGCGCCUGGUGGAUUUGAACUGCCGACCUUUUGGUUAGCAGCUGUAGCACUUAACCACUACACCAUCAGGAUUUCACGCAUAGCAGUGGAAGGUACUUUAAAUCCAAGUCUCAAUUUGGCUGCUGAUGAAUUCUCACUCUUUUGGGAAAUGAUAUGUGAUACUGGCCUUAGGAACUCAGUGUUCAACUCUAAAUUUUUCUCUGUAGCUUUUUUUUGUAUGAGUUGGAUGAAGUUAAAGAAUGUGAAUUAUUGAAUACAAUUCUGUUCAACCAGUAGGCACUUGAAUGGUAAAUUGAAGUAUAAACUAAAUUUUCUCUACUGUUUUGACCUACUCACCUAACUCUGCUAUGGUUCUGCUGCUUUAACGAUCCUACUCUAAGGACUGUCAUUGAGGCCUAAGAAACAAAGGUUUUUGUGUUCACUAAUGUUGCUUUACUAUUGAGUUGGUAGCUCAUCGUGAGAGUUAAAGUUCUGGUGUCCUUUCAUAGAAGAAAAUAACCAACAAAGACAAAAAAAAAAAAACC